UGUUCGAUUUAACCGAUUCGAUAUUGAUAAAUACAAGUAAAAUAAAUAUUGCUUUUGAGUAGUGUCUUUGUGUAUUUAACUUUUUAUUUUUCUUGGUAUAUUUCGUCUUUGCCGUCGUUAGAAACGGUGCGAAAACGCCAACUCCGAUACGACUAACGAACACCAAGUUGUCUCCGUUUCGUUGUAUUAAUUUUUUAAGUUGCGUUUUGCGGAUACAAUCAAUUUAAUAAUUGCAACUGAGUAAGACGUUUCAUUCGGGAAAGUGUUUUUCAAAGAAUUACAAGUGCAAUCGGACGAAGCCAUUAGUAGUGAUUAACAUCGGUUGUUCCGUUCGAACAGGUGGUUCGAAUUAUAGAACGCAACGUAUAUUCCCUGGAAGCUUGUGUACAUAGUCCUGGAUCCAAUGAGCAAAAUGCCCAAGGAGAUGAAAUUUUUGGAUAGUAUCAUUCACAAAGAGGAUAUACCAACGGAAAAACUCAACGAGACAAAACGACGAUUUUCCAUUUCACGGUCAGGACGAUUCAAAUCCAAGAACAGGCAACGGGAGGCAUUGGACAUGAAUCUUUUCAAUAGUCAGAAUAAUGUGGAUAAAAACCAGAACCACCACAAUACCGCAAACCAAUCAAUUACGUACAGUAAACACAAUAAGGAUCAUGCGCAACACCAUUCCCAAGAAGUGGCUGCGAGCGGCUACUGAAUUAUCUGACUGUGGAAAGCGUCUGUGAUAUUGAUUGUGUUUUAGAUAAUAUUGUAUUAUAAUUUAUGUAAGAUAGGCGAGCGUCAUCCAGAAAAGAUGGUUGUUAAUAUUCAAUUACAUAAACUAGAAGUAUUUAUAUGAUAUAUGCAAAUUUGAGCGAUAACACACAUAUGUACGUACACUAACGGAUUGAUAAGUUAAGUUGAUAUUUAGAUUACACUAGGCGAUAUUUACGCAAUGAUAAUAUAUUUAUAACAGUGAAUUGGGAAAAUAAAUGUACAUAUUCAUAA